AUGAAUCUUUCUCUAGCGGGUUGUGGUUUUUUAGGUCUUUAUCAUCUUGGCGUGGUAUCAUGUUUAAAGGAACAUGCACCACAAUUUGUGAACAGCCUCCGUUCUGUUAGUGGUGCUAGUGCUGGCGCUUUAUCAGGCCUUGUUUUACUUGUGGAUUGUCCUCUAGGAUUAAUUACCAAUGAGAUGAUGAAAGUGGUGAAAAGUAUUCGUUCAUCAUCCUUAGGACCCUAUAAUCCCAAGUUUAACAUUACCAAGACAUUAUCCGCAUUGUUAGCCAGUUUCGCUCCUGACAACGUUCAUGAAAUUGUUUCUGGCCGUUUAUUUAUAUCCUUGACACGUUUGUCUGAUAUGCAAAAUGUCAUGAUAUCGGAAUUUCAUAGUAAAAAUGAUCUCAUAGAGGCGUUAUGCACCAGUAGCUUUGUUCCAAUUUGGUCUGGAAUGACACCGAUCAUUUAUCGCGGAGAGCAUUACAUUGAUGGUGGUUUCAGUGAUAAUCAACCACAACCAUUUGGUCAAAACACCAUUUUAGUAUCACCCUUUUAUGGAGAAUCUGAUAUUUGUCCCAACGAUAACUCGAUGAGUUUUCAUCAAUUUUGUUGUAAUAACACCAACAUCCAAGUUUCUCUAUCAAAUAUAUAUCGUCUAUCUCGUGCUUUAUUUCCUCCUGAACCACGUGUUCUCAGAUCCAUGUGUCAACAGGGAUAUCUUGAUGCACUACGAUUUUUACAAAAUAAGAUGGCUGGCUAUUGUAAGUAUCAACAUUGA